CUAAACACAGUCUUGACACCGCUGUCUCCGUUAGAGCUUCUACUCCGUUAGUGCACUCAAGCAGAGAAGGGCUUGACGCUGUCAACAUUGCCGAAGAUGUCACCCAGUUGAUUGGAAAUACACCAAUGGUAUACCUCAAUAAAGUUACAGAAGGCUGUGUGGCAAACAUUGCUGCAAAACUUGAGUCUAUGGAGCCUUGCCGAAGUGUCAAGGACAGAAUUGGCUAUAGUAUGUUAUCUGAUGCAGAAGAGGUUGGAACGAUUUCUCCAGGGAAGACUAUUUUAGUUGAACCAACGACCGGAAAUACUGGGCUUGGCAUUGCUUUUGUUGCAGCAACAAAGGGGUAUAAACUUAUAGUCACAAUGCCUGCUUCUGUUAAUAUUGAGAGGAGAAUCCUUUUAUGUGCAUUUGGUGCAGAGGUUGUUUUGACUGAUGCAGAGAAGGGGUUGAAAGGGGCAGUUGACAAAGCUGAAGAAAUUGUUGGGUGCACACCCAAUGCUUACAUGUUUCGCCAGUUUGAUAACAUGACUAAUACAAAGAUCCACUUCGAAACUACAGGGCCAGAGAUAUGGGAGGAUACCUUGGGCACUGGAGGUUAUCUGAAAAUGAUGAACAAAAAAAUUAAGGUGGUUGGGGUGGAACCUGCAGACAGAAGUGUAAUUUCGGGAGACAAUCCAGGUAAACUUUUUGAAAAGUAUUUUGCAGGUUUCAUGCCAAGCAUUUUGGAUAUCAAACUGCUUGAUGAGGUUGUCAAGGUUACCAAUGUUGAAGCUGUUGAAAUGGCAAGGAGAUUAGCAUUGGAAGAAGGUUUGCUGGUUGGGAUUUCUUCAGGAGCUGCAGCAGCUGCUGCCAUAAGUUUAGCAAGACGGCCUGAGAAUUCUGGAAAACUUAUUGUAGUUAUUUUUCCUAGUUUUGGUGAGAGGUAUAUUUCCACUGCCCUCUUCCAUUCCAUUUAUGAAGAGGUUCAGAAAAUGUAACAAUGAUCAUUUGAAGCCCUAAUAUGGACAAUUGGCUUUCGGAGAUUGAAGCUGCUCUCAUGACACCAUCCAAGAAAGUAGCUGCCUCAUGCUUUGAGUAGAUUCAUCGUUUGGACAAGGCACAGUUCUUGGAGCUGGACAGACAAGAUGCAAAGGAAACUGAGUUGAUGUACAAUGUUUUAUUUAUUUAUUUUCUUGGUGCUGGUAAUCAAACGGGGCCUUCCAUCCUAUUCUUUCCAUUACAUGAACAAUAUUCCUAUCUUUUACAGGAUUAUUGACAUUUUAUUUUUAUUACUAUUU